UUAUAAAUUCAAAGCAAAAUGCAAAUUGUAUGGAAUCUGCUACCUUCUAUUGCUCCUAGUUACUGCAUAUUUCUAAUACAUUCAUCAAGUGCAUCAUUUUCUCCCUCAGUCCCUUGCCCACUCCAUUAAGAUGGCUGUUGAAUACUAUGAUUUUGGGCCUCACAAGAUCCACCAUAGUUCAGUGUUCCAUACAACUGAUAUUUCUUUUGCCUUUGUAAACCUGCGUCCUGCUGUGCAAGGUCAUGUGCUUGUCUGUCCAAAACGCAAAGUCAAGCGCGUUGCUGAUCUAACUGAUGUUGAGACUAUAGAUUUAUGGCGCAUAGCUAAGAAACUUGGUAGACAGCUAGAGAGCUUCCAUAAGGCAUCAUCACUUACAUUUUGUAUCCAAGAUGGACCUCAAGCAGGGCAAACAGUGCCUCAUGUUCAUAUCCAUAUCCUUCCCCGGAAAAGUGGUGAUUAUGAAAACAAUGAUGACAUUUAUGAUGAUAUAAAUGAAAAGGAGAAGGAGUUGCAUCAAGCACUUGCAGUGGAUAAUGAAAGGAAAGACAGGAGCAUUGAAGUAAUGGCUAUUGAGGCUGAUGAAUACAGAAAAUUUCUCUUCUGACAUUUUUAAGUGGCACUGGAAAUAAAAUAGGAAGAUUAUCAUAAGAAAAUGUAGAAAAUAAUAAGGGAACAGAAUUUGAUGAUUUUGUGUUUCAUAACAAGCAUUUAUAUUGUAUCUUGUGUCAGAUUCAGGAGUUCUCAAGAAAAUACUGUCUGGUUGAAGUUUCCCCUUUAUAUGAUAAGAAUAUUUAUUUAU